AUGAGUCCACAGGUGGAAAAAGAAGUACUACAACAGGUCAGUGUAGCGCCGGGCGAUGGCGUCGGCCCGGAAAUAACCCAGGCGACGCUUCGUAUCCUGAGUGCGGCUAAGGUGCCGCUGCAGUUCAACACCAUAGAUAUGGGACUAAAAGUCUGGGAGCAGGGUUUAACCUCUGGCGUAACCGAAGCCAGUUGGCAGUCGAUUCGCGACAGUGGUGUGUUACUGAAAGGACCAAUGACAACGCCUCAGGGUUCGGGCAUGAAGUCUCUCAAUGUCACCCUGCGGAAAAGUCUGGGUCUGUUUGCCAACGUUCGUCCGGUUCGCUCUUAUACCCCCUAUGUGGCUUCCCACCAUCCGGACGUUGAUCUGGUCAUUAUCAGGGAAAAUGAAGAAGACCUUUAUGCCGGUAUAGAGCAUCGUCAGACCCAGGAUGUGGUUCAGUGUUUGAAGCUGGUCUCGCGGCCGGGGUGUGAACGUAUUGUGCGUUAUGCCUUCGAGUUUGUGAUGACUCGCAAACGCAAGCGCCUGACCUGUAUGACCAAAGACAACAUCAUGAAACUGACGGAUGGCCUGUUCCACGAAGUCUUUGAUGAGGUGGCGAAAGAAUACCCGGAGGUGCAGGCGGAUCACAUGAUUGUCGAUAUCGGUAUGGCGCGGGUCGCCAGUGAUCCAGCAUCAUUUGACGUCAUUGUUACACCUAACCUCUACGGCGAUAUCCUCUCCGAUAUUGCCGCAGAGGUGGCGGGUUCCGUAGGCAUGGCGCCGUCGGCCAACAUUGGAGAGUCGAUCAGUAUCUUUGAGGCGAUACACGGUUCAGCGCCGGAUAUUGCCGGGCAGAAUAUUGCCAAUCCCUCAGGUCUGCUGAUUUCUGCGGUGAAGAUGUUGGCACACCUUGGGCUGGGUGAUUAUGCAGAGCUUAUUCACAAUGCGUGGCUGUGCACUAUCGAAGAGGGUAUUCACACAAAAGAUGUUUAUCAGGGAGGUAAAGGUUAUCAGUGUGUCGGCACUGACGAGUUUGCUUCGGCGGUGAUUGAACGUCUGGGUAAGACGUCAAAAACUCUCGGGCAGGCGCAUUAUCCGCGCAAACGCCUUGAUGUGACGCCGGCUAAACAUUCCCAUCAACCCGUGCAGGAAUUGGUCGGGGUCGAUGUGUUUGUGCAGGCUCAACUGAAGCCACAGACAUUGGCCGAUCAGAUUAAGGCUGUGGACGUUACUCCGCUUGAACUUACGAUGAUCACUAAUCGUGGUGUGCAGGUAUGGCCCAACGGUGCACCGGAAACCUAUUGUACAGACCACUGGCGUUGCCGUUUUAAGGCCGACGCUGAUCAUGUUGGUGAGUUAGAUAAUCGCCAGGUGUUGACGCUGCUCAAUCGAUUAGAUCUUGCGGGGGUUGAUUUUGUGAAAACCGAACACCUGUACAAUUUUGAUGGGCAGCCUGGGUUUUCGAUGGGGCAGGGACAGUAG